AUGGAGGUGGUGGACGAGACCGAAGCGCUGCAGCGCUUCUUCGAAGGCCAUGACAUCAGCGGUGCCCUGGAGCCCUCCAAUAUAGACACCAGUAUCCUGGAGGAGUACAUUGGCAAGGAGGACGCCUCUGAUCUCUGCUUCCCUGACAUCUCUGCACCAGCCAGCACAGCCUCCUUCCCCCACGGGCCACCAGCCAUUCCUGGCUCCAGCGGGCUCCACCACCUGAGCCCCCCUGGGAGUGGACCAUCCCCCGGGCGCCAUGGCCCCCUCCCACCCCCGACCUACGGCACCCCACUCAACUGCAACAACAACAACGGCAUGGGCACCGCCCCCAAGCCCUUCCUGGGGGGCUCUGGGCCUCCCAUCAAGGCAGAGCCCAAGCCUCCCUAUGCCCCAGGCACACUGCCAGACUCGCCCCCAGACUCAGGCUCUGAGGCCUACUCCCCUCAGCAGGUGAAUGACCCCCAUCUUCUGCGCACCAUAACCCCGGAGACUCUGUGCCACGUGGGAGUUCCUUCCCGCCUGGAGCACCCGCCCCCGCCUCCAGCCCACUUGCCAGGCCCCCCACCACCCCCGCCACCCCCACCUCACUACCCUGUCAUUCAGCGGGACCUCUACAUGAAGGCUGAGCCCCCCGUACCCCCCUAUGCUGCCAUGGGGCCGGGUCUGGUGCCCCCCGAACUCCACCACACCCAGCAGACUCAGGUGCUACACCAGCUGCUGCAGCAGCACGGAGCUGAACUCCCUCCACACCCCUCAAAGAAGAGGAAGCACUCCGAAUCGCCCCCCAACACCCUCAAUGCCCAAAUGUUGAACGGAAUGAUCAAGCAGGAACCUGGGACUGUGACAGCCUUGCCCCCACACCCCGCCAGAGCACCAUCCCCACCAUGGCCUCCCCAGGGCCCACUCUCACCUGGCACCAGCUCCUUGCCCCUCAGCAUUGCCCGAGUCCAGACUCCACCUUGGCACCCACCAGGUGCACCCUCCCCAGGCCUCCUGCAGGACAGUGAUAGCCUCAGUGGCUCCUACCUGGACCCCAAUUACCAGUCCAUCAAGUGGCAGCCGCAUCAGCAGAACAAGUGGGCAACCCUGUAUGACGCCAACUACAAGGAGCUGCCUAUGCUCACCUACCGGGUGGACGCCGACAAGGGCUUCAACUUUUCGGUGGGUGACGACGCUUUUGUGUGCCAGAAGAAGAACCACUUCCAGGUGACCGUGUACAUCGGCAUGCUGGGUGAGCCCAAGUAUGUGAAGACGCCAGAGGGCCUCAAGCCACUGGACUGCUUCUACCUGAAGCUGCAUGGAGUGAAGGCAGAGGCCCUGAACCAGUCUAUCAACAUUGAGCAGUCACAGUCGGACAGAAGCAAGAGGCCCUUCAACCCUGUCACGGUCAAUCUUCCCCCUGAGCAGGUCACAAAGGUGACCGUGGGGCGGCUCCACUUCAGUGAGACCACUGCCAACAACAUGCGAAAGAAAGGCAAGCCCAACCCUGACCAGAGGUAUUUCAUGCUGGUGGUGGCCCUCCAGGCGCAUGCACAGAACCAGAACUACACACUGGCAGCCCAGAUCUCAGAGCGCAUCAUUGUGCGGGCCUCUAACCCAGGCCAGUUUGAGAGUGACAGUGACGUUCUGUGGCAACGGGCACAGCUGCCAGACACUGUCUUCCACCAUGGCCGUGUGGGCAUCAACACAGACCGGCCCGACGAGGCACUGGUUGUGCACGGCAAUGUCAAGGUCAUGGGAUCUCUCAUGCACCCUUCAGAUUUGCGGGCCAAGGAGCAUGUACAGGAGGUGGACACCACUGAGCAGCUGAAGCGGAUCUCGCGGAUGCGGCUGGUGCACUACAGAUACAAGCCCGAGUUCGCUGCCAGCGCGGGCAUUGAGGCCACCGCACCAGAGACAGGUGUCAUCGCACAGGAAGUGAAGGAGAUCUUGCCUGAGGCUGUGAAGGACACAGGAGAUGUAGUCUUUGCCAACGGGAAAACCAUAGAGAACUUCCUGGUAGUGAACAAGGAGCGAAUCUUCAUGGAGAAUGUGGGGGCUGUGAAGGAGUUGUGCAAACUGACAGACAACCUGGAGACGCGCAUUGAUGAGCUGGAGCGCUGGAGCCACAAGCUGGCCAAACUGCGUCGCCUUGACAGCCUCAAGUCAACUGGCAGCUCUGGCGCCUUCAGCCAUGCAGGAAGCCAGUUUAGCCGGGCAGGCAGUGUCCCCCACAAGAAGAGGCCCCCUAAGGUGGCCAGUAAGUCAUCACCAGUGGUCCCAGACCAGGCCUGCAUCAGUCAGCGCUUCCUGCAGGGAACUAUCAUUGCUCUGGUGGUGGUCAUGGCCUUCAGCGUGGUGUCCAUGUCCACACUGUAUGUUCUGAGCCUGCGCUCCGAAGAGGACCUGGUGGAUGCUGAUGGCAGGUCCAGCCAGAGCUUUGGGACCACGCAGCUCCGACAGUCCUCUAUGACCACCGGCAUGCCAAGCACACAACCCUCUUUGCUGCUGGUUACCAAUUCAGCCUCAGGUCCAGCUCUCCGUACCUUGGACCUGUGCUCCAGCCAGCCCUGCCCCGUCGUCUGCUGCUCCAUUCCCACCUCCAGUCCUGUUACAGAUCCUAGCCUUGGCCCCACGGCUACCCCUGCUCCAAGCCCCAGGCCCAGCCCCAGCCCCAGCCCCAAUCACUCAGGCCCCAGCCAGAUGGCCCCGCUGCCAGUCACCAACAUCAGAGCCAAAUCCUGGGGCAUUUCAGCUAAUGGCAUCGGCUAUUCCAAGCACUCCAAAAGCCUGGACCCUCUAGCCAGUCCUGUGGUCCCCUUUCCUGGGGGGCAGAGCAAGGGCAAGAACAUCCCCAGCUUCGGUCUCCACAGUCGUGCCCGCAGAGGAGCCCCUCAACCCAGCCCAAGCCCUGCCCAACUUGCUCAGACCCAGGGCCAGCUAGACCCAGUGCCAUCCCUGACCUCCAUCCAGCUGCUGGAGAAUUCCAUGCCUAUUACUUCCCAGUAUUGUGUGCCAGAGGAUGCCUGCAGGCUUGGAAACUUCACCUACCACAUCCCUGUCAGCAGCAGCACGCCACUGCACCUCAGCCUGACCCUACAGAUGAAUUCCUCUGCCCCUGUGUCCGUGGUGUUGUGUAGCCUGACGUCAAAGGAGGAGCCCUGUGAGGAGGGGGGCUUUUUGCAGAGGCUCCACCCCCAUCAGGACACCCAGGGCACCUCUCAUCGGUGGCCAGUGACCAUCCUGUCCUUCCGUGAAUUCACAUACCACUUCCGGGUGGCAUUGCUGGGUCAGGCCAACUGCAGCUCCGAGGCCGUCAUCCAGCCGGCCACAGACUACUACUUCCACUUCUACCGCCUGUGUGAUUGAGCUGUCUCCCGAGGCAGUGCCACAGCCGGGAUCGGUUCCCCUGGGCCCUCAACACUGGAUGCCAAUGUGUUACACUGGAGCCUGCUGCAGGCCAGCUUUCUGCUCUUCACUGCCUCCCCUUGACUGGGGAGACUGGAAAUCUUCACACUGGAGCUGCUGGGCAAGCUGGUCACCCUCACACUGCAUAGAGGGGGCUAGAGUGACCAGCAUCCUGGGCCUUCCUUCUGGCCACCUCCUUGGGGCAGCACAGGACCAAUUCAUGGCUGUCUAGAUAUGGUUGCUGGAGGGCUGGGUGCAGGGGCCCUGUAGGCAUGGGGAAGCUACGUCCCUGACUGGUCCACUCCCUCCCACUCUCCUUGCCUUUCCUUAUGAGCUGUGGUGGAGAGAAGGCCUGUGGGGGUUGGACCCAGACCUGUAACACCUAGCUGGAUCCCAUGAGUCCAUGGAGAGCUGAUAACUCUCACCCUUUAUGCUGUUCCCAGGAGGGACAGCUUGGUAGUAGACUUUCUGGGGUUUGACUGUUACACUAGACCUGGAUUUCUAAGCUUUAAUGUGGCUGGUUCAGGAGAGUUCUCCCCGGGAGAGAUUAGCUCUUAAGAAUCCCUGAGGCAGUCAGGGCCAGCCCUGGAUGGCUGGAGAAGCUGCCCUUGUGCCUUACUUAAGUCUACUGGUGCCUGAUGGAGCCACCCUCACAGACCUGAACCAGUGGGGCCAAUAAGUCAGGUAAGCCUUGGACCCCUGAACUUGGAGUAUCCUAGAAGGGGAGGUGCCCUUGUGAGCUCCCAAGAUCUGUGUUCCUGGGAGUUGCCCAAGCUCAUGAUGGAGUUAGUAACACGAUCAUUCUCUGAGCAGAGGAGCAGGAAUCCCUGCAAGCAGGAGGCUGGUUUCCGCUGGAAGGUGGAUGCAGAUAACUUUUAUUAAUGAUGUAAUUACUAAAUGCACUUAAACCAGGGCAGCAAGGAGUAGGAAGGAGCUGGAAAGCUGAGUGGGCCUCAGCUUGGAGGGAUACUAGUAGACAGGAAGACCCUGGUCCCCCCAGAUCAAAGUUCCUCUCUCCAGGCUUGGAUCCAUGCUUGGUGGGCCCCAUCUCCGCCUCUUCCACCUCCAGGAGAGGAGUGGUGGGUUUGGGUUAGAAGAUUUCACUCAAGUGACAGCUUCAGCAUUUCUUAGCAGCACCUGCAGCCUUCUGAGGUCACACGCAGCUCCUGGAAGGAGUACUGCAGUCAUUCAGCCACAUGUCAUGGGGUCAGCAGUGGGGAGGGAACGGCUCGGACCUUGUGGUAUUCUGACCCUUUGAACACCUGGCCUUGCCUUUUCCAACCUCCCAUUCUCAGCCCUAAAUGGGAGGCCUUUCUAUAGGGGAGCUGAGUCCGAGAAGCCUAUGAACCAUGGGUCCUGCCAUGGAUCUCAAAGCACUUAUCCUCAGGAUAGGGAAACAGCAGGGAUACCUUGCCCCCAAGCUUUCUCCCCGACUUGGCUCCAUCCCUUCAUUCUGCCAUAGGAAUCAUGGUCCCCACAACGGGCCAUGCCUGCCUUAAACCACUUCGUUCUGCCCUCCCACAGCGUAUUCUUCCUGCAGUGCCUAAGACUGUCCAGCCCCACGGCUUUUAGUAGCAUGCUGGAGCUCCCUCACCAGAGGGGGACGUGUUCUUGGACUGUGGCCCCUCAGUCCUUAACUGGAAAGUGACCCUCCACUACCCCUGGAGUCCAUCUGGACACAGCCAGCCUAGGCCCUUUGGCAGCUGCCUGUCUGCACACCUGGGGAGCGGUCCUCAGUGUGAGGUGGGCCAAACGUGGGCUCCAAGCUGCUUGAGGGGGUCAACCUUGGACCAAAGUUGCCUUAAGCCCCAAGUAUAAAAGGGCUUAGGGGAAGGUAAAAGGGCCACAGGUUGGAAGCUGACAGCCUGGCUGGUCCUCCCUUCCCCUCUCCCUUCUGGUGGGUUCCUAUAGCCACUGGGCUAAUCUCCCCCUUGCUUUAAGCUGUAUAUAGGCCCCCCAGGACAGACCCGUGCUCAUGAUUUACCCCUUAGUGGCCUGUGUGUUCAUAGUGUCCCCUUGCCGUUAACUCCCUGUCUUCUCCCUGAGCUCUGACUCCUAUUUAUCAUGUACUCACUGACUCUGAGGAAUGCAGAGGGAAGCCAUUGGGCCUACUUGCUUCCUGUCCCCGAAACUGUCCUUUUCUUCUGAAGUAAAUAUACAUAUAUAAAUAAAUGUAUAAAUACUGCUUUGUAUCUGAA